AUGUCUUCUGAUACUUUAACCGGUGCCCAACUCGCUGCGCAAACACUACAUACGCUUGGAGUUACCACUCUGUUCGGAGUAGUUGGCGUACCUGUCACGGAGAUUGCAGAAGCUGCAAUAAACAUAGGCAUACGAUACAUUGGAUGCAGAAAUGAGCAAGCUGCGAGCUAUGCGGCUACCGCACAUGGCUACUUGACUAAACGACCAGGCGUCUGCCUUCUCGUCGGUGGACCUGGAGUGCUUCAUGGCAUGGCCGGUAUUGGGAAUGCAUCUGAAAAUGCAUGGCCACUUCUUGUGUUAGCCGGCAGCCACGAAUCGUACCUGACGACCAAAGGUGCGUUUCAAGAGAUGGAUGCCAUCAGUGUGAUCACGCCACACGUCAAACUUGCUAUCCGCCCGCAGGCACCCGACUUUAUCCCGAAGGCCAUUGCCAAUGCAUACAAAACUGCAUGGUACGGACGGCCCGGGCCAACGUUCAUUGAUCUACCUGCAGAUGUCAUUAGUGGCAGGUCAAAGCCUGCCCUGGCGAAAGUGCUCUCGUUGACGGCACCGAUCCCUCCACCGCCUACGGCAGGAGUGGAUCCUGUCAGAAUAUCCCAGGCUGCUUCAGUUUUGAGGAAUGCCAAGGCGCCCCUUCUAGUUGUUGGUAAAGGCGCAGCGUAUGCUCGUGCCGAGGCCUGUAUUCGAAAAUUCGUCGAAGCAACAAAGGUCCCUUUUUUGCCAUCACCGUCAGGCAAAGGCAUCAUAGCCGAUUCUCAUCCUCUGAACACCUCUUCCGCUAGAUCGACUGCUCUUAAACAUGCAGAUGUAGCUCUUGUAUUGGGUGCGCGGCUAAAUUGGAUCUUUCAUCAUGGUGAAGCACCAAAGUGGAAUCCAAACGUCAAAAUAAUUCAGGUCGAUCUUUCGGCCGAAGAGUUAGGUAGAAACGGAGGCGACCCGUCCCUGGCUAUACUUGGGGAUAUCAACAUGGCGGUGCCUCAGCUUCUAGAAGCCUUGGGAGGCUGGAAGUACCAAGCUGCUGGAUCUGACUAUUCCAAGAAGCUGGCACAGACAAAGGAAAAAAACGAAAAGGUCGCGCUUCAGAAGGCAAGGGAUGCUGGUUCGCCGCUAAAAUUUGAACACGCGUUUACGAUCAUCAAGGAAACUUUGCAUUCCUUAAGUCCCCCCGGUGAUGGCGGCGUGGUUUACGUGUCGGAAGGUUCUCAGACCAUGGAUAUCGGUCGUUCGAUCUUCACUGUUGAGCAUCCUCGUCUGAGGCUCGAUGCAGGGACUUAUGCGACAAUGGGACUAGGGCUUGCUUAUAUGAUUGCUGCUCACGACGCCUACAAUGCUCCACAGGCCCAGGCUUCCUCCGGGCCCGCCCGACGAAAGAAGAUUGUUGCUCUUGAGGGCGAUUCUGCAUUUGGUUUCAGCGCCAUGGAAGUCGAGACAAUGGCUCGGCACAAGAUGGAUAUAUUGAUCUUUGUAAUGAACAACGGUGGGAUCUAUCAUGGCGAUGCAAAAACGAAAGAAGAAUUCGUGGAGAAACAAGGCCAGCAGCCGGGACCGAAAUCGCUAAGGUCAUGGGCCCUUUCACAUCAGGUGCGAUAUGAAAAGCUUGCGGAAGCCGUUGGUGGAAAAGGCUAUUUCGUGCGGACGGCGGAAGAGCUCAAACAGGCAACGAUUGAAGGGUUCAAAGCCACAGUGCCGGUUGUAGUCAACGUCGUUUUGGACAGCGGGAGGAUCGAGAAUAACGUGUUCUUCGCUUGGCAGACCAUGAUGGAACAGAAAGCCAAUUUGUAGCUUUAUACGUCAGGUUUUCCUUUUGCGAGCAUUGCCUUCACCUCGUCUUGGGUAGCAGGCAUCAGAGCACCUUCGGGUGGUUUGUUUUUGCUCUUGAAAUCAUCGCCUUGAUUCAUGGUCAGUGCUGGAUGACAAAAUUUUCACGAUGUUACUCACACAUCUCUGAAAACGUGACCCACUCCACUCCUUCGUGGCUAUUUAUAUACUCAAUCAGCCUCUCAUGGGCAAGAAGCACAUGAGGUCGGCCCGAGACAUCGGGAUGAAUCGUCAUUGGGAAAAUGAAUUCAUCGUAUUCGCGGUAGAAAUAGUCGAAGUGAUCCUUCCAAACCUCCAUCACGUCCCGAGGAUUGACGAAGCCAUGCUCUCUGGGCAUUAGUCACAGUCGCAGGGAACAGGAUGUAUAUAUGCUCGUACCGAAUUAGGAACAGCUUUCAUGAACAUGAGUGGAGGUAAAUCGUCAAUAUGCCAGCUUGCGGGUAUUUCGACCAAGCCAGUUUCCUGGCCUUUGACAAGUGGCUUCAUCCACGACUCAGC